AUCUGUCCUUUUAUACCCAUUCAUUCAUGCCUCGCUUCACUCAAAUAAUUCUCUCCCCUUUCAAGCGCAAACGGAACGUAUGCGAACCUAGCGAUGGUACGGCUCCCGAAAGCACCAAGACUACCUGGUUCAGUAAACGCAGGCGAGUUCGUCAGUCUGCGUUCAACGAUACCCCAUUCGCGCCAUCUCCACAUACUUCUCCGCCUACUCGAACCUCGAUGUGUCUUUCUCUUGUCGAGAUCUCUCCGCUCGGCACCCUUGAAUACCCUUAUGGACUUGAAUCUCCCGCAUGUGACCAUCGCUGUCAGGAGGGCGUUCUCGAUGCGGGACCCCUUCUUCUAUGCAACGAACCGUCAGCAGCGAGCGAGAACCAUCAAGCCAACAACGGCGCUCUGGUUUCCCCGCUGCAUCUUCCUACCACUCGUCACAGCCCUCGACUGGCAACCACUUCCGGCACUCCUCUCUUGGAGCACACUCCACGAACUCUGGAAAGCGACUUUCCAAUCACCCCUCAACAGCGUGGUAACGCAUUAGACCCAGUGAUUGAGACGCUUGCAAAGGAGCUUGUCGCCGCUGGUCCAGGCUCGCCAGACUCUGAUUACCAUGAUAACGUUCCUGUGUAUCCUAAAGGCCUAGCCAUCCGUGUCUGUUCUCGUCCGCUUGCCUCAUCCGACCGUAAUGCUGUCCCCGUGAGGUCGUCUCGACACCACCAAACCAGAGACGAACGCUGCGAAAGCGAUCUCGUGUUUAGUUACCCAGCCUUCCCUCCCAAUCUGCCUCCUCAGGCCUUCGUGCCACCAUACGGACCUCAUCUUGCGUUUGGCGGCAUCAAGUUCUACCCCAGCUCUCAGAUCGGCAGUGGCAGCUUCGGCACCGUCUGGCAUGCGUUCACGAACCAAGGGCAGGAAGUUGCCAUCAAGCUUCUCCAUAAGCCGAUGAUCCUAUCCAACGGUCUAUCGGGAAACGGCACGGGCAUCCAGAGCGAGAUGGAGUUCGUCGAGAACGAAUGGCUCGCUCUGAAGCGUAUUACAGAGGCCGGGUCUCCUUUCCUGACCAGCGUGUUGUACUCGUUUGAGGACGACGAGAACAUUUAUUUCGUCCAGAGACUCUAUCCCUCUUCGCUUGGUGCACGGAUACGGGAUUCCGCGAGUGUGCCCGUCCAGCUAUUCCAGAUCCGAAUUUGGGCGGCCGAGAUUGUUUUGGCUAUCGAAGAUCUUCAUAACCUUGGCAUCGUUCACCGCGACAUAAAGCUCGACAAUGUCCUUCUUUCCCCCAACGGACACGCCGCACUAGGUGACCUCGGCCUCGCCUGCAUCGCAGCUGAUGGUAUGUCCCUGAAGGACAUGGUCAUGAGGUCGAGCUGUGGAACACCGCACUCCAUGGCACCGGAGAUGUUUGCUCGCGGUCCCGAAGAUCCGGCGUACGGAUACAAGACGGAUAUGUGGGCGUUUGGUGUCUUGCUUUUGGAACUCUGCCUCAGGCUUCCUCAUUGGAGCGACUGUCCAUUCUCGGGGAUGGGUGGGACUCCGGAUCCGCGCAACUGCAUCAUAUGCGUGGGCGACCCUUAUGCUAAGGAUUUGAUCUCUGAUCUUUUGCAAGAGGAUCCUACCAAGCGACCAGGCUGGGACGAGGUUAAGAGGCAUGCUUUCUUCAGAUCGCUUAACUGGAGAGAAGUUGCAGCACGGAGCAUCCCCACAAUUUGCGUGCCUCACUUAGGCUCCCAACGGUCUCCACGACACAGGCUUGAAGGAUUUGUGGAGAAGAUAAAGGCAGAGGGUAGAUUCAACGUGGACGAACUUUACGAACUAACGAAGACAGUGAUGCCGACGACCAAGAGAUGGGACUUUCAGUGUCCACUGGAGCUGUUGGCAGACCCACAGCACGGAAAGAGCUGCAUCGCGCUGGGUGACGGAAGAUGUGUGUAUGAAGGCUCGCAGUUCCCGCAUCAUGAGACACAUUGACGAAUCGCGCAUUAUACUCAACGUUCACGUCUUGUCAUUGUCUUUCAUGAUCACCGCAAACACGUACUACGUGCUGUCUAUUUUAUUUAUUGACGUAACGUUAACUUGAAAUGAUAAUCAGUUUUGAC